AUGGCGUUGGCAAUGUCUUCAAUUAUUGAUUUAUCAUCACUUUCCUUGUACAAAUUAAAAACAAAUUCUAUAUCUUCACUUAAAAAUCAAAUUGAACGACGACAAGAAGUUUUAAAAAAACAAAAAGAUAAAAGAGAACAAUUAAUAUCUCAAAUUCGUUUUCAAGAUAAUGAUAAUGAAUUAAUCGAAGAAAAUAAGCCACAAUGGCCACCUCGUCAACAUCGUAAAAAUGCAUAUUCUACUUGUCCGAUCGGUAUGAUGCUUGCUGAAUGGUUAUUUUCAGCUCCCGAUGAUCUAUCAUCAUGGUUUAUAGUUUCAUGUCCACGUGGUCAACGUUGUAUCGUUGUUGUUCAAUCACAUCGUACAUAUGUAUAUAGUAAAUAUGGUAAUCAAAUGUGGACAAUGUUUACAAAUUUACCUAAACAAACAAUUUUAUAUUGUAUUUAUGAUAAACGUUCAUCAAUAUAUCAUAUAAUUGAUUUAAUAAUGUGGAAUGGACAAGAUUAUUCUACAGAUAUUGAAUGUCAAUGUCGAUUUUUUAUGUUAACAUCAUUAAAUGAUGAUACAAGGUUAGAUAAACAAUUUCAAGUUCUACCUCGUACAAAAAUUGAAGAUAAACAAGAUUUAAUUGAAGCUGAAGAUGGUUAUUUAUUUUAUCAUCCAUUAGGUUGUUAUCAAUCCGGUUAUUCUCCACUUGUUUGUUGGCUUAAACCAUUUAUGAUUGAAGAAAUGCUUGGAAUUAAAUUAUCAUAUUCAGUUGAUAAACCUGUUGAUUACACAACAGCACAAGCUUAUAUGCUCGAAGAACAAUCAAAUAGAAAAGAACAACAACAACAAUAUCAACAACAACAAUCAUCAUAUGUUAGAAAAUCACACAAAAAAAAGAAGGAAGAAAUACAAGAAGGAGAAGAAAAUUUCAUGUCCAUUGAUUAA